AGUGCCGCCAGUCUCGAGCAGCUGUCCAACAUGGCGAUCACGGGAAACGGAUCUCUCACUAUUUCUCUCUCUGUUUUCAUGAUUUCAGCAGCGUUUCUUCUAAAAGGAGCCGCUGAGACCUUGUCAGUUGAAGGUCAAAACCUGGGGACUGAUAAUGUAUCAGUGAUUGAGGGAGAGAUGGCGACCAUCAGCUGCAGGGUGAAGAACAAUGAUGACUCAGUCAUCCAGCUCCUCAACCCCAACAGACAGACCAUCUACUUCAGAGACGUCAGACCCCUGAAGGACAGCCGGUUCCAGCUGGUGAAUUUCUCCGACAACGAGCUGCGGGUGUCUCUGUCCAACGUGUCACUGUCAGAUGAGGGACGCUAUGUGUGCCAGCUCUACACAGACCCUCCUCAGGAGGCCUACGCAGACAUCACUGUGCUGGUCCCACCAGGCAGUCCAAUCAUGGAUUCCCAAGAGGAUGUGGUCAGUGAGGGGAACGAGACAGAGCUCACCUGUACAGCCAUGGGCAGCAAGCCUGCCGCCUCCAUCAGAUGGAUGAAAGGAGAGCAGGAGCUGACAGGUAAGAUGACGGUGGAUGAGACCUACGACGGGAUGUUCACAGUCACCAGUAGGCUGAGACUCACCGUGUCCAAGGAGGACGACGGAGCGCCAGUCAGCUGCAUCAUCGACCACCCAGCCGUGAAGGACCUCCGGGCACAGAGAUACCUGGAAGUGCUAUAUCAACCAGAAGUGAAGAUUGUUCAGGCAUUCCCUGAAGGUUUAACGAGAGAGGGAGAGAAUCUAGAGCUGACGUGCAUAGCAAAAGGCAAACCACAGCCCCAUCAGAUCAGCUGGCUCAGAGUGGAUGAUGAUGUGCCGUCUCACACCGUGAUCACCGGCUCUGACCUCUUCAUCGAAAACCUCAACAAGUCGUACAACGGCACGUACCGCUGUGUGGCCUCCAACGCCGUGGGAGAGGCCUACGAUGACUACAUCCUCUUUGUAUACGAUGCUCCUACCACGAUCCCCGCACCCACCACCUUGAACCUAGACAACACCCAAGACUCCAGAGCUGGCGAGGGGGCGCCACAGAAGAUAGACCACGCUGUCAUCGGAGGCGUGGUUGCCGUGGUGAUGUUCGCUAUCCUCUGUGCACUCAUCGUCCUGGGGCGCUACUUCGCCAGACACAAAGGCACCUACUUCACACAUGAAGCCAAAGGGGCAGACGACGCAGCAGAUGCAGACACUGCCAUCAUUAAUGCAGAGGGGGGACACAACAACACGGAAGAGAAGAAGGAGUACUACAUCUAAUGAUGAGAGGCCAGGGGGGGGUGUUAUGGUGGGGGUCCUGUAGGAGCACUAUAUCUAACUCUGAAUGGGCCGGAGGGGUGGGGGAGAGGUGGAGGAUGAAAGGUGCAACUAAGGAGGAAAGAGAGGUGGGGAAAGGAGAAGAGAAAAGGAGAGGAGUGAUGAGAAUUGAAGAGGAGAGGAAGAUUGGAGUGGAUGAGUAGUGGGAGGCUUCAUUGCUUCGUCGUGGAUUCUCCCAUCCAACCUCUCCUGGACUGCUGGGUCCCAUUCUGUACAGUUCAAUUAUUUUACAGACAAUUUUGUGCCUUGUUCUAUUUCUUUCGUAAUUGUUGUC